UGGGCGUAUGCAUGUGGAGUCGGCACUAUAUAAACCGGACUGACCGUCAGAUCCAGCCUCUGUGGAGUUUAACAGCGGGGAUCCUGAUUGAAACGGAAGCUUCUUCUUUUUGCAGCACUGAAACUACCAUCAAACAUGAAUAAAGAAGACGACAUGAAGGAAGUAGAACUGAACGAGAUGGAUCAGGAAAAACAGCCGAUGACCGGAGAAACUCUGACAGGCACCGAAAAAAACGGCUGCGUAAAGGUUAAAGUGCCGGAGGACACCGAAGUCAAAUUUGCGGGCCUCUCCAAAGAGGAGUUAAUGAAAGUCGCCGGUACAGCCGGGUGGGUUCGGACUCGUUGGGUCUUGCUGGUUUUGUUCUGGCUCGGCUGGAUUGGCAUGUUAGCUGGAGCAAUAGUAAUCAUAGUACAGGCCCCACGCUGUAAACCCAUUCCUGAGAUGAACUGGUGGAACGAAGGUUUUCUGUACCAGAUAUCUGACGUUAACACUUUCUCUGAAAAUGGACUAAAAGGAGUAGAGGAGAAACUGGACUAUCUUAACCAGAUGAAGGUGAAGGGGCUUGUUUUGGGUCCAAUACACACUGUGCAAGCAGACCAGUUGAGCACACUGGAACUAACUUCCAUUAACCCUGAAUUUGGCUCUGAGAGCCAACUGAUUUCUCUGCUGGACCGAGCACAUAGAAAAGGAAUCUCCGUAGUGCUGGAUCUAACACCAAAUUAUGAGGGAGUUUCAGUCUGGUUCAACAAUGCUGCUUCUGUUGCUGAGCGACUCAAAGAAGCGUGCGUAUACUGGCUGAAUAAGGGGGUGGACGGCAUCUUCUUAUCUCAUCUGAACGACAUCGCAUACACAGAAGCCUGGCCAUCUGUUCAAGACAUAUUCAACCAAACCGAUGGGACCAAAAAAAGAGCUCUGAUGGGAUCAGUCACCAGUCUCUCUGUGGAUGAGGUCUCUCUCGUGCUGAACCGCUCAGGUGUUGACCUGCUCUUGAAUGGACUGCCUGAUCCGGCUGAGCCCGGUGAAAGACAGGCCCAGGUGGUACAGAUACUCUACGUUGAUCACCUGCAGACGAGUCUGGGCUGGAGUCUGAGUGGACGGACUCUGGGUUCUCUGGCUUCCAGAACUCCAGCAGCGCCCAUAAGACUCUAUCAAAUGCUGCUGUUCACCCUCCCGGGCACACCUGUGUUCAGCGCUGGAGAUGAGAUUGGACUGAAGGCUGGGACUCUGCAGGAGGAGCAUAUCGCAGUUCGUAACUUCUUCAAAACACUCACUCAUCUGAGGGGAAAAGAGUGAUCACUUCUGCACGGAGAAUAUGUCAGCCUUUUCAGUUCACCCACUUCAUUAGCAUUUGUCCGCCUCUGGGAUCAACGCGAACCCUUCCUUCCUGCCAUGAACUGGGGAAACGACCAUGUAACCAUGAACCUCACUUAUAGAGACCUGCCGACACAAGCUCAGGUUCGCCUCACCACAGAUGCUGCGAAUCUAGCCGUGGAUAGCAUGGUCUCCUUAGAAAAGUUUCAGCUUGGGCCCAAACAGGCUGUUCUGUUGUCUUAUCCUUAUGCUGGUUAGACAAACAUAUGCAGAUCCUCACAUAUCGUCUCAGAGCUGUUUGUUUUUCUCUGAGAUC